CCUCUCCAUAGGGUUCUGAAGGGGUUAGUCAUACCCGGGUUGCUGUGGUGGAUUCCCUGUCAAAUCAUUCAGCAAACCGGAUGAGCCCCAUUCGUUCAAGCCUCUCACAAGUUAUUUCUUUCAUAAACCUUUAAACACAUUUUUGUUAAUAAUGGUGUGAUCCUUGCAAGUGAGAAGCACUUUGAACUGAGCCAAAACAGUUGGAUAACAGAUAGACUGGCAGAUGCAUUGAGAUAAUAAAUCCACGUAUCAUAUGGGGUGUUAAAAAUUAACAGGUCAUCUUUGAACAGCAUAAAAGCAGCCAGUGGGAUGACAUCAGUCAGAGCUCAGAAAGAUCUUGACUCAACUUGGAAGAUGAAUUUGACCAUUUUGUUGCUUGUGUCGCUGUUCAGCGGCUUCAUUUUGGCGCAGGAGGAAGUUGAGGCUCCGACUGAAGCACAGCCAUGUCACCCUGACAUGUGCGAGCUCCUCAAAGAGCUUGGUACCUUGAGAGAAAAACUAGAAGCUGUGGAGACCAGGCUGACAGACAGUGAAAACAAAGAAAAAACCAAGGUGAUAUUCAGUGCAGCGACAGGUGGGAGCAGAGCCAUCGGACCCUUCGACGCAGACUCAACUUUAAUCUACAAAACAGUGAUUACAAACAUCGGUGAAGCCUACAGUCCAGUCACAGGUACCUUCGUUGCACCUGUUGCAGGUGUCUAUUACUUUACCAUGUUCUACCAUGCUGGAGGAGCACAUGAGGGAAAGCUGUUACUGUACAAGAACACCCAGCUCAUGAUUAUGACCCAUGACAAACGUUCAGAGUUUGACGGAGCUGAUAACGGAGGAAACGCAGCGUUCCUGGAGCUGCAGCCGGGAGACGAAGUGUAUGUGCGCAUGGCUGCAAACUCUCAUGUUUGGGGAACCGACUACCACACAACCUUCAGCGGCUUUCUGGUUGCUCAAAUGUGAUAAUUGAUGCAUUGUAUAUCAGUUUAUUCCUGCCUGAAGUUAGAUGUAAAAGUCUGAAAUACACUACCAUUGUAUUUUUAGAAACUUUUGAUACAGACGGCUGUUGCUCAUGUAAUAAAGAG